CCACAGCCGCCUCUCUCGCUCUUCUUUCUUGUCCCGGGCUCCCGGCUCCAUAGUCGCCGUUACAUCGGACAAGGGGAUCUUGCGGUGAAGCAUCUAAUCUGAGCAGGUCAGUCGUCCCCCCGCUCGCGGCCGGGCUACUGCUGGUCGUCAAGUACUCAAGUUGUAGGCGUGCAGCCGGGCCGCCGGCCGCUAGCUGCUGUCAGCACGCGCACACAGCAGCAGGGUGGUCGCCCGCGGCCGGUAGCCGGCACGCGUGUCGCGACAAGCCGAUAGCAACAGCAAGCCAGGCCCAAGUUCAGUCCCCAGAGAGCGGCAAGCUAGGUCUGUCAUCUUCUCUGGAGGGUUCAGAACCACCGAGAAUUAGCUGUCUUUGAGGAGUACAAUAGGAAUGGAUGAUGCUCAAGGGUAUCAAGAAGGAGAUGAUCAUGACUUAGUGAUGCAGAAACAAGAAUGGAUCAAAACACAAGACAUGCUCAAGAGUAAACUUAUUCUUGAAGAUGAAUUUGCCUGGAGUUUACCUCGGUGGGCUCAGGUUUAGAUGAACCUGAGUGGUGCAACUGAAGUAUAUUGGUGGGACUGACAUCAGCUUCUUGAAGGAAGACCCAUCCACAGCAUGUGCCGCGGUGGUAGUCCUCAAUGCCGAUACUUUAGAAGUUGUCCAUGAAGAGUUCAAUGUUGUUCGACUGCAAGUGCCAUAUAUUCCUGGUUUUCUUGCAUUCAGAGAGAGCCAAGGGAUUCUAGUAUGAUCAAUCCAAAAUCAUAGAUCUUGAGAAAGGCUCCAGUUCUUCUUGGACUCUUGGAAAAGGUGAAGAUCAAUGCACCUCAUUUCUGCCCACAGGUUUUACCAUUCUGCCCUGCUGCAGUUGCUCAUGGUUGAUGGAAAUGGAUUGCUCCAUCCGCGAGCUACAUCAGGUAGAUGGCCUUAACCAAUCAGAAGUUAGAAGACUGCUCGGAUCAAAAGAGAACUGCAACAGGGAACUGGUUUUGUUGACUGGACAGUCUGGGACAAAAUGGGGCAUGGCAAAUAGUAGUGAAUGGCGGCGUCGGCCCAACUGAGCCCGCAUCAGAGGACGCGCAGAAAUUGCCUCCUGAUUUUGUGCGUGGUUGUUUGGGCGGGGAGUGCAAUUCCCCGAUUCGAGCGGAACUCCUCCCAUCCGAUCCGGCGGCGGAUGACUAUAUAAAGCGAGCCAAUCUGCAUCUAGCUGUAGCACCUCUGCGUCUCAAGAUUUGGAGAUCCAUUAGCUGUAGCACCUCUGCCUCCCACGAAUCGAUUCGACGACAUCUUGCUGGUACAACCUACCAUCAUGGUGGGCAUGCUAUUGAACGCCGGCCGCAGCAAUGGCCGCGGCGGCAGGAGGACUAGCAUCCAGUCACCGCCGCAGGUCCUCUCCUCUGUUCCCUUACUCGUCUACGAGUACGAGGAUCCCGCCGGCUCUACUCCUACCGCUGCCGCAAAGAUGCUCAUGUACAGCCUGCCUGAGCGGAGCAUCGUCUACACGCACGACAGCAGGCCUCAGGCCAUGGAGGGCAACUUCUUCAGCACGCCUCAAGGCUGGCUGGUCAUCCUUGGGCAUGGAGAAGUGACGUCGGAGGCCUCCAUGUGGCAUCCGCUCACCGGGGAGACCAUCACCCUCCCACCCAUACAUGACGACCACCACAUCCCCACCAACUGCAAGUGCCUGCUCACCCACAACUCCGCCGCCCACCCGGACUGCGCCGUCGUGCUCCUCGACGUCGCCGAUCCUCUCAUGUGGUUCUGCCGUGUCAAUGGCGGGGCUGACCGGAGGUGGGGACAGCACACCUACGACAUUGGCGACUACGAGUUCCCCGAUGAGUUCCGCACCCCCUCUACGCCCACCAAGAACGUCAUCAGAAGCGUCGCCGCGCUUAAAGGGAAGCUGCAUUUUUGCUUCAUGGAAUCGCACCAAAACAAGAUGUGCGUCGUUGACUUAGAUUUCCCGUCCGAUCAUGGCCACCCUCCCACCGCAGAGUUCCACGAGUUUGAUGUCUCCCCAGAGUUCGGCAUCAAGUUUCCUGACGGCGUCUGCUCUGCCAGCAUCCACUUGGUAGAGUCCAUGGACGAGCUUUUUGCCGUCUGCGUCUUCUAUGUCGGUUUUGAUCCCACCAACGUUAGUGCCGCUGGAAUCUUCAAGAUGGAGGACUCCUGCGGCGAGGAAACCGUGGCCUGGCACCGGGUGGAUGAUAUCGGUGACAGGGCUUUC